UUCUGCUUUUCAAUAAUGCUUUCACAUGCCAUGAAUCAAAAUGAAAAUCCCUGUGGAAGCCAUGGGCAAACCAGGUUUCUGUCCUGGAUCCGGAGCCCAAGUGUCUGCUGUGCUAUGCAGAAUCUGAAAACAAACCACCGGGAGAACGCUGAGAACCCUGAGAGCCAGGAAAUGGAACUGUUAACAUUUAUGGAUAUAGCCAUUGAUUUUACUGAAGAGGAGUGGGAAUGCCUUCAGCCUGCUCAGAAAAAUUUAUAUAGAGAUGUGAUGCUAGAGAACUAUAGAAACUUGGCUUUCCUGGCCAUGACUCCUAAUCAUAUCCAAGAAUAUUCACCAGAAAAGGGCCUAAAACAUAUAUUUCAUGAAGUGAUAAGUGUAAAAUAUGAAAGUUGUGAUCUUGACUAUUUACCACAAAAGAAAAUAUGGAAAACUACAAGUGAGAGUGAACAACAUAAAUCAUAUAAAAAAUCAGGCCUUGUUAAUCACCAGAGAAUUUAUACUGGAGAGAAGCCCUACGAAUAUAAAGAAUGUUGCAAAGCUUUUAGUAAAAAAAAAGGUCUUAUUUACCACAAAGGAACACACAAUGGAGAGAAGCCCUACACAUGUAAAGAAUGUGGAAACGCUUUUGGUCAAAAAUCAAACCUUAUUCGCCAUAGCAGAACGCACACUGGAGAGAAGCCCUACAAAUGUAAAGAUUGUGGCAAAGCUUUUGGCCAAAAAUCACACCUUAUUUACCACAGCAGAACUCACACUGGAGAGAAGCCCUACAAAUGUAAAGAUUGUGGCAAAGCUUUUGGUCGAAAAUCACACCUUAUUCGCCACAGCAGAACUCACACUGGAGAGAAGUCCUACAAAUGUAAAGAUGGUGGCACAGCUUUCAGUCUAAAAUCACUCCUAAUUUGCCACAGCAAAACUCACACUAGAGAGAAGCCCUACGAAUGUGAAGAUUGUGGCAAAGCCUUUGGUCAAAAAUCACACCUUAUUUGCCACAUCAGAACUCACACUGGAGAGAAGCCCUACAAAUGUACAGAAUGUGGCAAAGCUUUCAGUCAAAAAUCACACCUUAUUUUCCACAUCAAAAUUCACACUGGAGAGAAGCCUUACAAAUGUAAAGAAUGUGGCAAAUCUUUUGGUUACAAAUCACACCUUAUUUGCCACAGGAGAAUUCAUGCUGGAGAGAAGCCCUACAAAUGUAAAGAUUGUGGCAAAGCUUUUGGUCAAAAAUUAGACCUUAUUUACCACAGCAGAACUCACACUGGAGAGAAGCCCUACAAAUGUAAAGAAUGUGGAAAAGCUUUUGGUCAAAAAUCACUCCUUAUUCGCCACAGAGUAAUUCACACUGGAGAGAAGCCCUACAAAUGUAAAGAUUGUGGCAAAGCUUUUGGUCGAAAAUCAGACCUUAUUUGCCACAGUAGAAAUCACACUGGAGAGAAGCCCUACAAAUGUAAAGAAUGUGGAAAAGCUUUUGGUCAACAAUCACACCUUAUUCGCCACAGCAGAAUUCACACUGGAGAGAAGCCCUACAAAUGUAAAGAUUGUGGCAAAGCUUUUGGUCGAAAAUCAGACCUUAUUUGCCACAGGAGAACUCACACUGGAGAGAAGCCCUACAAAUGUACACAAUGUGGCAAAGCUUUUUGUCGAAAAUCAUACCUUACUUGCCACAUCAGAACUCACACUGGAGAGAAGCCUUACAAAUGUAAAGAUUGUGGCAAAGCUUUUGGUCAAAUAUCAAACCUGAUUUGCCACAGGAGAAUUCACACUGGAGAGAAGCCCUACAAAUGUAAAGAUUGUGGCAAAGCUUUUGGUCAAAAAUCAUACCUUAUUUGCCACAGGAGAACUCACACUGAAGAGAAGCCCUACAAAUGUACACAAUGUGGCAAAGCUUUUUGUCGAAAAUCAUAUCUUGCUUGCCACAUCAGAACUCACACUGGAGAAAAGCCUUACAAAUGUAAAGAAUGUGGAAAAGCUUUUAGUCAAAUAUCAAACCUUAUUUGCCACAGGAGAACUCACACUGGAGAGAAGCCCUACAAAUGUAAAGAUUGUGGCAAAGCUUUUGGUUAUAAAUCACACUUUAUUCGCCACAGCAGAACUCACACUGGAUAGAAGCCCUACAAAUGUAAAGAAUGUGGCAAAGCUUUUGGUGAAAAAUCAAUCCUUAUUUGCCACAGAAAAACUCAAACUGGAGAGAAGCUCUACAAAUGUACAGAAUGUGGCAAAGCUUUUGUUGACAUUUCAAACCUUAUUCACCACAGGAGAAAUCACAGUGGCGAGAUGCUCUACAAAUGUAAAGAAUAUUGCAAAGCUUUUGGUCAAAAAAUAGACCUUCUUCACAAUAGCAGAACUCAAUGGAGAGAAGCCCUACAAAUGUAAAGAAUGUGGCAAAGCUUUUACUCAAAAAACAUCCUUUAUUUGCCACAGGAGAACUCAACACUAGAGAGAAGCCUUACAAAUGUAAAGAAUGUGGCAAAGCAUUCACAGGAAAAUUUACACUGGAGAGAAACCUUACAAAUAUAAGGAAUGUGGCAAAGCUUUUAGCAAUAAAACAGGCCUAUUCACCACAACAGAACUCACACUGGAGAAUAGCUGUACAAAAGUGAAUAAUGUGGAAAAGCAUUUAAUAAAAAAUAAAACUUUAUUCACCACAGCAAAAGAUAUCCUGGUGCAUGUGAAAUGUGAAUAAAGUAAUAGUACUUUUAAAGAAAGACUAAACCUUGGGGCUGGGGUUGUGGUUUCGUGGUAGAGUGCUAGCCUUGCCUGUUUGAGAUCCUGGGUUUGAUCCUCAGCACCACAUAAAAAUAAAUCAGUGAAAUAAAAAAAAGAAAAAGAAAAUGAUUUUUGCUAUAUCACCCUUAAACUGAACUAGGCUAUAAGAAAAGUACAGGUUCAAGGACAAGAAAAAACAAAACUGCUGAGAAAUGACCACAGCCACUUCAACUUUGGUUUUCUUUUAAAACAGCCAACAAGCAAUGCAAAAGAUAUGCACGAGAUGAAAGAUCUAAGCUGGGACAAACUAUUCGAGAAAAAAGGAUUGUAGAAACAGCAAAUAAAAAAGAAACAGACUAUGAAGUGGGGGAUAUCCCAACAGAAUGGGAAG